AUGGCUAAUUUUGCAGGGAAUGGUUUGUCACGGGCGAUGAGUAGUGGGAGAAGUUGGAGGUCACAGAGUGUGAGGGAGAUAUUGCAAGGUCCACCAGAUGUGUUUAGUAGUAACAGGAGGGAAAUGGUGGUCGAUGAAGAGGAGGAGCUCAAGUGGGCUGCCAUUGAGAGGCUGCCUACUUAUGAUAGGAUGAGAAAAGGGAUGUUUAAGCAGGUUGUUAGUAAUGGAAAAAUGAUCUCAAAUGAGAUCGAUGUUACUAAAAUUGGUGCUGAGGAUAAGAAGCUGUUGAUGGAGAGUAUUCUUAAGGUUGUUGAAAAUGAUAAUGAGAAGUUGCUUAGGAGACUCCGAGAUCGAACUGACAGGGUCGGAAUUGAGAUUCCAAAGAUUGAAGUGAGGUUCCAAAAUUUAUCUAUUGAGGGAGAUGCAUAUGUUGGCACACGAGCACUUCCAACUCUGUGGAACUCCACCCUGAACACACUGGAGGCUGCGUUAGGGUUGAUUGGACUUUCUCCAUCAAAGAAAAGGAUAGUUAAAAUACUUCAAGACGUGAAUGGGAUUGUCAGACCAUCAAGGAUGACACUGCUUCUUGGGCCUCCAGGUUCAGGAAAAACAACCUUGCUAAAAGCACUGGCAGGCAAAGCUGAUGAUGAUCUCAGAGUUUCAGGAAAAAUCACCUACUGUGGCCACGAAUUUCAUGAAUUUGUUCCUCAGAGGACAAGUGCUUAUAUUAGCCAGCACGAUCUUCAUUACGGUGAAAUGACAGUUCGGGAGACACUGGAUUUUGCUGGUAGAUGCUUGGGAGUAGGAACCCGAUAUGAUAUGCUAGUGGAGUUGUCAAGAAGAGAGAGAGAAGCAGGUAUUAAACCAGAUCCUGAGAUUGAUGCAUUCAUGAAAGCCACGGCCAUGAUGGGAUUAGAAACCAGCUUGAUCACUGAUUAUGUGCUGAAGAUUCUUGGAUUGGAUAUUUGUGCUGAUAUUAUGGUGGGAGAUGACAUGAGAAGAGGCAUUUCUGGAGGGCAAAAGAAACGUGUCACUACAGGUGAAAUGUUGGUAGGACCAGCAAAAGCAUUUUUCAUGGAUGAAAUAUCAACAGGACUGGACAGUUCCACGACUUUCCAAAUAGUCAAGUUCAUGAGACAAAUGGUUCACAUUAAUGAUGUAACUAUGGUUAUCUCUCUCUUACAGCCAGCACCAGAGACAUUUGAGCUUUUUGAUGAUGUUAUCCUGCUUUCCGAUGGUUGGAUUGUCUACCAAGGACCGCGUGAGAACAUUCUUGAGUUCUUUGAAUACAUGGGAUUUAGAUGCCCCGAAAGGAAAGGGAUUGCAGACUUUCUUCAAGAGGUUACCUCAAAGAAGGACCAACAGCAGUAUUGGUUCAAAAAUAACCAGCCUUAUUCAUAUAUCUCUCCAAAGGAUUUUGCGAAUGCCUUCAGUUCUUUUCACAUAGGACAGCAGCUCACAAUAGACCUUAGAGUUGCUUAUGAUAAGACCAGAACCCACCCUGCUGCAUUGGUGACACAGCAGUAUGGAAUUUCAAAUUGGGAGCUCUUCAGGGCAUGCUUCACACGUGAAUGGCUGCUCAUGAAGCGGAGUUCUUUUGUUUACAUAUUUAAAACGACACAGAUAACCGUCAUGGCAGUAAUUACCCUGACAGUGUUUUUAAGAACUGAAAUGAAAACUGGUCAAAUUGAUAAUGCUGCUAAGUUUUGGGGAGCAUUAUACUUCAGUCUUAUCAAUGUGAUGUUCAAUGGAAUGGCAGAGCUACCAAUGACAGUUGCUAGGCUUCCUGUGUUUUUUAAGCAGAGGGAAAGUCUAUUCUACCCAGCAUGGGCCUUUGCAGUACCAAUUUGGGUCCUACGUAUUCCCAUUUCAGUGAUGGAGUCCUUAAUAUGGAUUCUUUUGACAUAUUACUCCGUUGGAUUUGCUCCUUCUGCUAUUAGGUUCUUCAAACAGCUCUUGGCAUUUAUCAGCAUACAUCAUAUGGCUCUCUCUUUGUUUCGCUUUAUUGCAGCAGCUGGGAGAGUAGAAGUUGUGGCAAACACCCUUGGAACCUUCACCCUGUUAGUGGUAUUUGUGCUAGGAGGAUACAUUAUUGCGAAAGAUGACAUCAAGGAUUGGAUGAUAUGGGGUUACUAUGUUUCUCCAAUGAUGUAUGGACAAAAUGCCAUUGCCAUCAAUGAAUUUCUUGCUGAAAGAUGGAGCAAGCCCAGCAAUGGCUCAGAACCUACAGUUGGAAAGACCAUUCUUAAGGACAGAGGUCUAUUUUUCACGGAAACCUGGUACUGGAUUGGUGUAGGAGCUCUUUUUGCAUUUUCUCUGCUGUUCAAUGUUCUUUUUAUUGGAGCAUUGACAUUUUUAAAGCCUCUAGGAGAUAAUAAAGCUGUUAUUCUUGAGGAUGAUGAGCAAAACAAGGAUAGACGGCAAGUAGCAUCAAAUCCUGGAGGUGUUCAACUGGCAGUAAGAAGUGCUCAGGAAAAUGGAAACUCAAUCGUUAGUGAAACAAGCAUCCAAACAGCUAGAGGAAUGGUUUUGCCUUUCCAGCCGCUUUCCCUUGCAUUCAAUCAUGUGAAUUACUAUGUGGACAUGCCUGCAGAAAUGAAGACACAAGGGGUUGAUGAAGAACGAUUGCAGCUACUGAGAGAUAUUAGUGGUGCUUUCAGGCCUAGCAUUCUGACUGCAUUGGUUGGUGUCAGUGGUGCUGGAAAGACCACAUUAAUGGAUGUCUUAGCAGGUAGAAAGACUGGAGGGUAUAUUGAAGGAAGCAUAAGCAUUUCAGGCUACCCAAAAAACCAAGAAACUUUUGCCCGAGUUAGCGGUUAUUGUGAACAGAAUGAUAUCCAUUCGCCUUAUGUAACUGUUUAUGAAUCGCUUCUUUACUCAGCCUGGUUACGGCUUGCUUCUGAUGUGAAUACAGAAACCCGAAAGAUGUUUGUAGAAGAAGUCAUGGACUUGGUUGAGCUUAAUCCUUUGAGGAAUGCUCUUGUUGGACUUCCAGGAGUUGACGGUCUUUCAACUGAGCAGAGAAAGAGACUUACUAUUGCUGUUGAAUUAGUUGCUAAUCCUUCCAUCAUCUUUAUGGAUGAGCCCACUUCAGGACUUGAUGCCAGAGCUGCUGCAGUUGUAAUGCGUACAGUUAGAAACACUGUGAAUACAGGUCGAACUGUGGUGUGCACAAUUCACCAGCCAAGCAUAGAUAUUUUUGAAGCUUUUGAUGAGCUGCUGUUGAUGAAGAGAGGAGGACAAGUGAUAUAUGCAGGACCGCUUGGUCCCCAUUCUCACGAGCUUAUCAAAUAUUUCGAGGUUAUACCAGGCGUUCCCAAGAUAAAAGAGGGCUAUAAUCCGGCUACCUGGAUGUUGGAUGUCAGCACCUCUGCAAUGGAGGCCCAACUUGAGGUUGAUUUUGCAGUAAUAUAUGCCAACUCUGAACUUUACAGGAGAAAUCAGGAGCUAAUAAAGGAACUAAGCACCCCUGUACCAGGUUCCAAGGACCUACAUUUUCCUACUCGGUACUCUCAGUCCUUUUUAGUUCAAUGCAAGGCUUGUUUUUGGAAACACAACUGGUCAUACUGGAGGAAUUCACAGUAUAAUGCCAUCAGAUUCUUCAUGACAGUUGUCUUCGGACUUAUAUUUGGUGUUAUCUUUUGGGACAAAGGAAAUGUAAUAUUUAAGCAGCAAGACUUAAUUAAUUUACUGGGAGCUAUUUAUGCUGCUGUUCUUUUCCUCGGAGCUACCAAUGCUUCUGCAGUGCAAUCUGUUGUAGCAAUUGAAAGAACAGUUUUUUACCGUGAAAGAGCAGCAGGAAUGUAUUCAGAGUUGCCUUACGCGUUUGCUCAGGUUGCAAUAGAAACUAUUUAUGUUGCAAUUCAGACUCUAGUAUAUACACUUCUUUUAUACUCCAUGAUUGGAUUCCAGUGGACUGGCCAGAAGUUCUUCUAUUUCUACUAUUUCAUCUUCAUGUGUUACACCUACUUCUCAAUGUACGGGAUGAUGGUUAUCGCGCUAACUCCUGGCCAACAAAUUGCUGCAAUUGUCAUGUCAUUCUUCUUGAAUUUCUGGAAUCUGUUCUCUGGUUUCCUCAUCCCACGUCCCCUUAUCCCAGUUUGGUGGAGGUGGUACUACUGGUGCUCUCCAGUUGCAUGGUCAAUUUAUGGUAUUUUUGCAUCACAACUUGGUGACAGGACCAAAGACAUUGAACUCUCUGAUAAAAGCACAAUGCCAAUCAACAAAUUCCUCAAGGAUAACUUGGGCUAUGACCAUGAUUUCCUCAUUCCAGUGGUUUUUGCCCACCUUGGUUGGGUCCUCCUAUUCUUCUUGGUCUUUGCCUAUGGCAUCAAGUUUCUCAAUUUCCAAAGGAGAUGA